AAACUUUGCAACGAGGGAGAGCUGUGCAUAAGUAAUUAGGCAAUCGUGUUGGGGUUCAAUUCAGUAUGUAAACAGAUGCACUGUAGUGAGACAGGAAGAAAUACAGCAAUAGUCGUAAUUGAAAUUUUAGAUAAAAAUUCAAGAUUCACAGAAGCAACAUAGCUCUGAAAAUUUGACCGGUUUUCUGAAACCUGUCAUCCACGCCUGCUAGUCUCUUUUGAUCAAAUGCAACGACCAUUGAAAAGCGGAAAAUUUGUGUUCAAAAGUUUUGUUUGUUCCCUUGCUCAAUGUUCCGUUAGUCAAUCGUCAAGAGUGGCUUCCGAGUAACGUUGAUGAUCGACAUAAAGUUACGCAUUCGUCUUUCGACUUUCUCACCUGCCGAACUUAAAUCGAGAAUUAAAGGCUCUUGCGCAACUGGCAAGCUUUGCGACUUUAAUUUAAAGAACCGGUCUAUAAUAGUACUGCAUGAAAAUACAAAACAUAGUCAAUUUCUCAAGACAACAUGAUAUAGAAAUAUGAAAUAUAUGAAUUAUGAAUUAAGUAUGAAUAUAUGAAAUACAACACCCGCUAAGCAUGACGGUUGCUCAAGAGUCUUUAAGUGAAUGCGAAGUGCGACGUUUAAAUCAGAUAGGCACGGCUAAUUUAAUUAAGGGCGGCAGAAAAAUUUGCGCUUGGCAGAACUUGGCGAGCUACGCAAGUAAAGCGCAACUGGGCUUUUCAUGUACCGAACUCAAUGCAUAAUUUAUUUUAUAUCCCAGAAAUCACUUUUCUGGCAAAUCAUGCCUAUAACUGAAUUUCGGCGCGAAUCAACCUGGAAUCAAUAAAGCCAAGAUGGCGUCUGCAUAUGAGAAGUUGUGUUGUGUUUCCUCUCUUGCCACCAAGUAUCAUUUUCCAGACGAUAUUCAACCAACACUGGUUGCGUUGAAGUCUUCCGCAUGUCCUCUUUGCCUCCAUUAUUGGGCUGCUGUCGAGAGCAAGACAACAAGUAGCACCACUAAAACUCUCCUUCUUCUUUGCUUCACUAUAAUCUUCAAUCUUGCCUCUGCCAAUCUUCAAUUCUUUCUGGAUUCCAUCAGCAAUCUCCUCACAAAUGUAAAACGCAUGUUUUCGGGCCAUAUUAAAUGUCCGCAAUCAAAUCUGAAAUCCAUAAACUUAAGCCCGGCGAGCGGAACAAUGAAGAUCGACGUUUGCAACGGGAGUGGCACCAAAGAAUUAGUUCGGCAUAGAAGAAGUUUGACGUUUGGGACGGGCCUAUCAGAUAGCUAAAUAAUUGGAUAUCUCAUGGCCAUUGAAUUGCAUCCGGACAUAGUACAUUCAAUAGAAUUGGCAGCUCUGUUAAAAACGAUCAAAUGUCCGUGCAAGAAUUCCUACCGACGAACAUAUGAAAAAGUCUGGCAUAAAGGCAUUUAUUUAAUCGGUAUGUUACUGAAGUGUAUCCGUGAAUAAUCAGAUGUAGCUAGUUAAAGGGUGUGAGGAAUGAAAGCUAUGUGGACUGUCACAUCUGAAUGAAUUGCUUCACAUCUAACAUCUUUGAAAUACCAUUAGGAUAAAGAAAGAUAAUGGACCUUUCUCAUUCAUGAAAGGAAAGAUUUCACGAAGAACACUUUCAGUCCAGAAAGAACCGUCUAUGAAUACAACUUUGGAAAUCAAAUCAAGGUUCAGGUUAUUGAUAAAAAGCACAUUGAAUUUUGAUCUAGGAAGAUAUCACGUUUUGUAGAAGUUCCAAUAAUAAGUCACCAAAGUGAUACAAAUAUUAAGAGUUUUUGCUUCAUAUAAAUAUCUCGUUUACUUUGCAGAAAAUGCCAACAAGAAAAUAUGUUUUCCUGACACGUUGUCUACUUGUGCUUACUUUGAGCCAAGUAAUCCACGGAGAGGAUAAUCGAGGCUCAGCAAUGUUCGAAGUUAUUCACAACCCAUAUAUGGAACUGACCAGCAUGUUUCAUAAAUCGUUUCAUCAAUGUAGUAAAAGUAGUCCGUGCAAUUUUGUGGUGAAGGAUAUGACAACAAACAAGUAUGAAACACACAAUAAGGAAGGAGAUAUAACUCAAGACCGGAGAAAGCUGAUAAUAUGGAAAAGAAAAAGAAAGUAUUCAUGUCUUGAUUGGCGAUACGACUCUGCAAUGAUUAAUGGGAUAUACAGAAUAUCAGAUGAUGACGGAGUUGAAUUCAACGUUUACUGCGAUUUCAUAUCAGAGCCAAACUCAGUAUGGACCCUGAUCGAAUCGUUCUCUUUGGGUAAAAAUCAUCUGUUCAAAGACUGGCCAUUCACAAUUGAUUUUCCGUACUUGGAAGAUUCUCCAAACUGGGACAAUUACAGACUCAGCAAGACAAGGAUGGAGAAAAUCAAGUCAACAUCAACCCACUGGAGAGCAACAUGCAGUUUCGAUAUUUUUGAGAUAAAAUUGAUGUUUGCUUUCUUUGACGAAGAGAAGCUUCUUUCACCUGUAGCCACUUCACAUAGCAUGCUAUUGUUACAUUAUCUUUUCAAACAAAAUCAUUAUAGUAAACUACAAAUGCAGAGACUUGAUGAAUUCACCUUUGGAAUAAACGUAGACGUGUUAAGUUACUUAUUGAACAUCUUACUGUACAAUAGUAAAACUGUAAAAUGGUAUAGAUAUCAUCACACAUUGUCAACUUAUAUCUUUUUUCUAGCUUUAAGUCUUCAAAUUAGAUAUUAGUUGCUAAAGAGCUUACUUAGUCUAUAUCUGCUACAAGAACCCAAUAUGCGACUGCUAAAUUUUUAAUAUAAACGUUUCCUCUGCAGUGUAGUAGAGUAAGUCCCAGGCCCCCUGGGCAAGGCGUAGACACUAUGUAAACACGUGUGUGAAUAUAGAUGAAUUUGCUUGCUGUACGAAGUCUCAUGUCUUGCCUUGGCCUUCCACCUCAUUAUACGUAAAUAUUAUAUUGGCGACAAGUGAAAAUAAAAGGAAACCAGUGCACCAGUAUGUCGCACACCGUUUCACUACAACCUGUUCCCAAAUUUAAUCCCGAUAGCGGAAAGGUUGGCGCAAGUAUCACGAUUUCGUUGAAAAAAUGGAUUUCCGAUUUUGGAACAUUUACUGUUGCCACAGGCAUCACCGAUAACACUCGUAAACGAGAGCUGUUGUUAUACCAAGCUGGCCCCCGACGAGAUUUUUGAUCAGCUCGAAAACACCGGUGAAGCAACGACUACAGCCAAAGAUAAACUUACUGCCUAUUUUUGACCGCAGAGAAAUCGUCGAUAUGACGUGUACUGUUUUCGAAAGGCACAUCAAGAGCCUACUGACACAUUGGACUAGUAUCACACUAGGUUGCGAACACUGGCUUUACCUUGUGAGUUUGGUGACUAUCUAAAAUUUGAGCUGGAAUAGCAAAUCAUCAUUGGGGGAACUUCCUCUUGCCUUAGGAAGCAGGCCCUGCGAGACCCCACAUACGACUUGAAAUAAUGACAGAAGGACAUAGCUGAUCGAUGACAGAAGGGAUGAAAUAAGUCGAUUUCAGUCGAAAGAAAUUGAAUCUCAGAAAAUCGAGCCUCUUUCAGCCGAAACAAAGCAAGUUGUGGCAAAACCGACCCACAAAUGUCGAAACUGUGGACGGGCAUCUCACCCCCAAGACACUGUUUGCCCCGCAAAAGGGAAGGAAUGCAGAAAAUGUGUGUCGUUAUAGUGCAAAAAGCCAGCAAAAUUUCAAGACCAGAUACAGACAAAAAAGGGAAACAAAACUGUGCACCCACUUAAUAAUUCUGAAUCUGAGUCAGAUGAUGAAUACUUGUAUGCAGUAAACAAUACAAGCAAGGCUAGGCCCUACGGAAGAGCAAGAGUCCUUGGAUAUACCUUUGACGCCAUGAAUCAAGGAUUAAUUUAAGGUGCAGUGAUGACCAAUUUUUUGCAGUGAUGAAUCGAAAAUGUGCAGUGAUGAAUUGAAAAAUGUGCAGUGAUGAAUUACUUCACUUUUGAAAUACUCCAAAUUUUACUCAUUUGGAUGUUUUCAGAAUAAAGAUAAAUGAAUACAAACUAUAAUCAAGAGUCAAAUAAGAUAAUAGAAUCAACCUACGUGUGAAACUCAACUAAGGCCAGCCUUAACAAUAAAAAUAAUAUACAGUUAUUCACAAACCCACUUCAUAAUGUAAAAAGUGUUUUUAAGAAAAUAGAAAUAAUACAGGAAAAGAAAUAGAUAAAGAGAAUAUAUCCUGUUAUUGCCAAGAUUCCAAGGAAUGAGCCGAGGUCUGUGGGGUCAUAUAAUAAGCAUGCCUUGAAAAAAACAAAAUGUUUAAAAUGAUUGCAAGAAAAUAACUGCUAGAAAUAUUCUGAAAUAUAUUUUGAGAUAAUCUAAGGGGUGUGGUCAAAAAAUUUUCUGCUCGCUCCGCUCGCAGGUAAGCUUCCACUGUCGGAUAAUCCUAGGGCCUCCGACAACUUUGGAUUUCUUGCAUUGCAUGGCCAAAAAGACCCAGUGUCACUACCACCUUCAAAUGGCGGCCUGCUUCUUUUCUUUUGUAUAAAAUACAAUACCACAAUUUCCACCACUCACAAAUAAAUACUAUAUUGACUCCAUAGGGUGGAAAUGAAGAAAAAAUUACCUGUUAUUAGGUUUGCUACUCUGUUUUCUUUUG